AUGAACGGCGGGCGACUAUCGUGGUGUUUCUUGCGGGCCUCAGCGACCCGCUGCUGGGUGGCCGAAGCCAGCAGGAAGAUGUCUCGGUCUGGAGGCGGUGGAACUCCGAACGUGUUCGACAGAAACAUGAAGAAAAAACAGAAGGAAUGGGCGGGUUCAGGUCACGAAACCCGGAAGUACGACUACCUCAGGGAAGAGGUUGGCAGUCGACUGGCGGACCGUGUGUAUGACGUAGCCAGGACCUUUCCUCUGGCGUUAGAGAUUGGUGCUGGACGAGGUCACAUUGCACAGCAUUUAAGUAAGGAUGUGGUGGAGCGUUUGUUUUUGACGGACAUCUCUGAGGCGACCCUGAGACAGAAUGUCGGCGGUGAAAUGAAGUGUCACGCGCUGGUGGCCGAUGAGGAGUUUCUUCCUUUACGGGAGAACACAUUCGAUUUGGUUCUCAGCAGCAUGAGUCUGCACUGGACCAACGACCUGCCCGCUGCACUAAGACAGAUCCACUAUGUCUUGAAGCCGGAUGGGGUGUUCAUCGGCGCAAUGGCUGGCGGGGAUACUUUGUAUGAACUGCGCUGCUCGCUGCAGCUUGCUGAGACUGAGCGAGAGGGAGGAUUCUCUCCACACAUCUCACCCUUCACUGCCGUAACAGAUGUGGGAAACCUGCUCGGGCAGGCUGGAUUCAACAUGCUCACCGUGGAUAUUGAUGAGGUGCAAGUCAACUAUCCGGGCAUCAUGGAAGUGAUGGUGGACUUACAAGGUAUGGGUGAGAGUAACUGUGCUUGGAACCGAAGAUCCAUGUUGCACCGAGACACCAUUUUGGCAGCUGCAGCUGUUUAUAAAGAAAUGUACGGUAACAAGGACGGCUCAGUUCCUGCCACCUUUGACAUCCUCUACAUGAUUGGCUGGAAACCUCACCACUCUCAGGCCAAAGCAGCCAAACGAGGCUCUGCAACCGUCUCCUUUGGGGAUUUGUCCAAAAUAAACCAGAGCAAUGAGGACAAGUGA